GCAAUAGAAACAUCGAGAGAAGGGGAGGAAGGGAGGAUUAAUAAUAAUAAACGGAAAGCGGAAGGGGGAAGGAAACCCUUCCGAUACAGUAUCCGAUCACGAAAUAUACCUCAGAGCUUUAAUCUUAUCCUGUCUUCUUCCCAUUCUCUUUUGAUCCGUCGGUCUGUGCCGCUUCGGAUCUCUUCUUCUUCUUCUUCUUCUUCUUCUUCUUCUGGGAUCGACGGAAUGGAGGGCGUGUUCGGUAAGCUACGCAACCUGGACGCUUACCCCAAGAUCAACGAGGACUUCUACAGCAGGACCCUCUCCGGCGGCAUCAUCACAAUCGUCUCCUCCAUCGUCAUGUUCCUUCUCUUCAUCUCCGAACUCCGAUUGUACCUUCAUGCUGUUACAGAAACAAAGCUUGUCGUUGAUACGUCUAGAGGGGAAUCACUUCGGAUCAAUUUUGAUGUUACUUUUCCUGCCCUUUCAUGUUCUAUGCUCAGUCUUGAUGCCAUGGAUAUAAGUGGAGAAGAGCACCUUGAUGUAAGACACGACAUAAUUAAGAAGAGGCUAGAUUCUCAUGGAAACGUUAUUGAAACUAGACAAGAUGGAAUUGGUUCACCUAAGAUUGAAAAGCCUUUACAAAGACAUGGUGGGAGACUUGAACAUAAUGAGACAUAUUGUGGUUCUUGCUAUGGUGCAGAAGCGUCUGAUGAGGAUUGUUGCAACUCAUGUGAAGAAGUUCGAGAAGCCUAUAGAAAGAAAGGUUGGGGGCUGUCAAACCCUGAUUUGGUUGACCAGGGUUCGUCAUUUCGGAUACUAGACUUAUCUUGGAGAUUUGUCGGUAUGGUACAUACCGAUUUGUACUGGUGUAUCAACACAUGGUACACUGGAGCAUAUCGAUGGGGACUUUGGCGAGCCAUGUCUCGGUGGCGAGUUGGACCUAUAUGUACUGCCCAUACCAUAUCAACUCGGGCGUGCAAACGAGAAGGUUUCCUUGAAAAGAUCAAAAAUGAAGAGGGUGAAGGAUGCAAUGUCUAUGGUUUCUUGGAAGUCAAAAAGGUGGGUGGAAAUUUUCAUUUUGCCCCUGGUAAAAGCUUCCAGCAGUCAAAUAUGCAUGUGCAUGACCUGCUUCCAUUCCAAAAAGAAAGUUUUAAUAUUAGCCACAAAAUUAACAAAUUAGCUUUUGGAGAAUACUUUCCUGGUGUUGUCAACCCUCUUGAUGGAGUUCAGUGGGUGCAACACACACCAAAUGGAAUGUACCAAUACUUCAUCAAGGUUGUCCCUACUGUUUACACUGACAUAAAUGGCCGUACUAUCCAGUCCAACCAGUUUUCGGUGACAGAGCAUUUCAAGAGUGAUGACACUGGCCGACUACAAUCUGUCCCCGGAGUGUUUUUCUUCUAUGAUCUUUCCCCAAUUAAGGUUACCUUCAUGGAGGGACAUGUAUCUUUCUUACACUUCUUGACUAAUGUUUGUGCAAUUGUUGGAGGUAUUUUUACUGUUUCUGGAAUAUUAGAUUCAUUUAUCUAUCAUGGUCAAAGAGCAAUCAAGAAGAAGAUGGAGAUUGGCAAAUUCAGUUGAUUAUGUUUCUGGUGUAAACUCCAGUUCUGCUGAUUAAAAGUCACAAGGGGAAUUUGUUGCAGAGAUCCAAGAUUGUAUACACCCACAGUUCCAUCUACAAGUAAUUGAGUUGUUUGAUGGGUUAAGUUCAGGUACUUCUUUCUUUACCAUCCCUCUGCACCCCAAGUGUUUUGGUGCACACAAUAUCACGCUGUGCUUAAAGAUUCUCAACUUUGUGCGUGAACACAAGUCUGUGCUGAUGAAAGACCAUCUGUGGGCAGUUGAAACCAGCUUUCCUGAUAAUUGUGAUGGAGAACUACAGAUGAUGUGGAGUUCAUAGGAAUCACAACUGAUUAAUUUGACUAUAAUUGCUAAAUCUUUUUCCUGGAA